AUGGUGCGCAAAUGUACGCAGCCAUCAGACUACUACGCCGACGACAACAGAAAACAAAAACUGGUUGUGCACGAUGAACAUGGGAAAACAAUUGGAAACCCCAUCGAAAUGGAAAAUCUUCUCACUCGUAACACACUGGAACGUAUUAAGGACCCUGUUAAUGAAUAUCUGUCGGCUAGCCAAAGUGGAUUCAGGCCUGGGCGAUCAACUGCAGAUGUAGUAUGGGGACAUAGAUGGAUCUGUGCCAUAUCUCAGAAAUUUAAAAUGGCGACCACAAUAUUGGGCAUUGAUAUGAGCAGGGCAUUUGAUACAAUCCGCAGAGACAAGCUAAUGGAGAUCCUCAAAACCAUUCUUGACAAUGACUCGAUCAGAAUGGUUCGAGCACUACUUAUAGACACCGAGUUAACGGUGAAGAUCGGACCCAAGACAGUUAAGAAUUCUUAUUGGCAUCAACUGGCCAAAGAAAAUCAAGAACUCCAACUAACUACCAUAUAUACAAUCUGCAACAGCAGACCCGUCAGUGUGGACAUUACCGAAGCACGUUGGCGCCUAUUGGGCCACAUUCUAAGACUCGACCAGGAUGUCUAUGCUAACUGGGCAAUGGAAUCAUAUUACGCAAAGGACGAAAGAUCUGCGUCCGAGACACGCCCACGAAAUACAUUACCUAUUGUAAUCUCAAAGAACUACAACGCGUUAAAAGACAACUGA